AUGCGGACAGUGGAUAAUGUUGGAAAGUUAUUCCAACCAAUUGAAGAUAUUAUAACCGAGAAGCUUAUUCCUGCACUGACGAGAAGAAGUCAUUGUUCCAUUGAAGAAAGAAAGUUGUUGUCGCUGCCAACAAGAUAUGGAGGUGUGAACAUCGUAAAUCCAGUCGAAGAAGCUAGUCUGCAACUUGAUGCAUCUGGAAAGAUCACUGAGCCCUUGAAGAAAAUGAUAAUCGAGCAAUCUGAUUCGUACAGAAAACCAGAUUUGUUGUGUGAAAUCAAAGCGAAGCUACGUCAACAGAAAGCAAAUCAUCAUGCGAGCAAGGCCAAAAUUAUUAGAGAAAGUUUACCUGCUUCAAAACAACGGACAAUGGAUUUGUUAAAUGAAUUUCGGGACGCUUUAUGUCUAAGAUAUAAUUGGCAGUUGAAAAAUGUUGCACAACAUUGUGUGUGUGGAGUAAAUCUCUCAACAGAUCAUGCCAUGAUCUGUCCACAUGGUGGUCUGACAAUUAUUCGUCACAAUGAGAUUCGGGAUAUUACUGCCGAUUGGUUGAGCGAGGUGUGCAGUGAAACCGAGAAAGAACCGCAACUACAGCCUAUUACCGGGGAAAGUAUAUUUCCCAAGUCAGCAAAUAAGAAAGAAGAAGCAAGAUCAGACAUUAAGACAAAAGGCUUCUGGUGUCGACAGCAAAGUGCAUUUUUUGAUAUAAGGGUGUUUCAUCCCAACGCACCAAGCUAUCGUAAUUCCAGUAUUCCCUCCUUAUACAGAAAUCAAGAACAGAUGAAGAAGAGAGAAUAUGGUGACAGAAUAAGAGAAAUCGAGUUACGUCUUGCCCCCCUAAUCUUUUCAACCAGUGGUGAUCUUGGUAAAGAAUCAAAUUGCUGA